UUAACAUUAUUUGCGAAUAUGGCGCGAGGUAGUAGUGCUGGUUUUGAUAGACAUAUUACAAUUUUUUCACCAGAAGGACGGCUUUACCAAGUCGAAUAUGCAUUUAAAGCGAUAAAUCAAAGUGGUUUGACUUCUGUUGCUGUAAAAGGCGUCGAUACAGCCGUUUUUGCAACACAAAAGAAAGUGCCUGAUAAGUUGCUUGAUGCCUCUAGUGUUACUCAUAUUUUUCAUCUCACUGAACACAUUGGUUGCCUUGUGACAGGCAUGUUAGCUGAUAGUAGGUCUCAAGUUCAACGUGCAAGAUAUGAAGCAGCUCAUUUUAAAUAUAAACAUGAUUAUGAAAUUCCUGUGGAUACAUUAUGUAGACGUAUUGCAGAUAUCAGUCAAGUAUAUACACAGAAUGCAGAAAUGCGUCCCCUUGGCUGUUCUAUGAUGCUUAUUUCAUAUGAUAAAGAAAAAGGCCCAUGUGUCUAUAAAGCUGAUCCUGCAGGAUAUUAUUGCGGUUAUAGGGCCAUUUCUGUUGGUGCUAAACAUACUGAAGCUAAUUCUUACCUUGAGAAGAAAUUAAAAAAGAAACAAAAUUAUGAUAAUGAUGAAACAAUACAGUUAGCAAUUACAUGUUUGUCUACAGUUUUAUCAGUAGAUUUUAAACCAACAGAAAUAGAGAUUGGUAUAGUAUCAAAGGAUAAUCCUAAAUUUCGAAUUUUAACGGAACAAGAAAUUGAUAAGCAUCUUACUACAAUUGCUGAGAAAGAUUAAUGAUUUUAUGUAUAU